UAAACGUGUUACAUGGCGUCACAGGGCUGCAUUAUAAGAGCGGUGCUGCCAUGAAGUUGCUCAUUCGAUCAGGCACUUGAUGCAGAACUUUGAGGACGGGAAAAUAAAUCGAUCUGAACUCCAGCUGAGGCCUCCAAAAUGAAAUACAAAGUUAGACCAGCACGGUUCCAAACCAGUCGUGGAAAGUAUGUGUACAUUCAACGCAAGCGCAAGGCAGCAACUUAUCAGAUGAUCGAGGAUAAUUGUCAGAUCACUGACUAUGGAAACUGUGGUAAAGUCACUGUGUAUGAGGUGAAAGAAGAUAACCUCAAAAUGGCUUUCUGCUUUGAGGUGGAAAAUAAGUCAAUUUUCCCCAUUGUUAUUAAAGCAGACUCUGGUAGUAGGGGUGAAAUCAACUUUAAGGUAUUGGAAGGAGAAAAGAAGUUUACUCUUGACAAAACCUUCUUCUUUCAAUGGGGUGAAAAAGAGGUAGAUGACUGGAAGAGCUUAAAGUCAAUAGCUGAACCUAACACGUACCUGGGCAUUAACAAGGGCAAAGUGGUCACUUGUUCUCAAUGCUUCCCCUGUUUUAAAUUGGACAAAUUAGAAAAUGAGGAACCAAAAAAUCUAAGAGGCAAACCACGAAGAUUGUUAAAACGCUUUGCAGUUAAGGGAGAGCUGAAAACUUUUCGCAACAUUUCAUCAACAAAAGGGUCCUAAUCCGUUUGUAUCAACUACUCUAUCCUUUUCUUUGAGGGAACCAGGAUGUUGAGAGUUUCAAGUGCAAACGCAGCAUUUUCUUUGUGGUGUUUUAAGGCAUGCCAUUUUGUCCCUUCUGCCCCAGUUUUCCUUUUUGUCAUAAUCUACUAAUUAUUACUGAAAUAGAGUUAUUAAAUAUAUAAUUAGGACAAAUGAUGCAUUAUCUAUUAUGUCCAAGAGACAAGUAUUAAACAAAAUAUAUAGGGUACAAUGGGUCUAAAGGUGCACCUUUAGGAAAAACUUUUUUUUGUGGUUACAAAGUGUGUCAAGGAAAAUAAUACAUGAAGCUUAUUAAAUAUCAGGGAGCAACAUAUUUUGUGUGAAAAGAAAUAAUAACAGAAGGUUGUUGUGAUAAACAUUUUUUUUAAGAGGGCCUGGGUCGCUUAGUGAGUAAAGACGCUGACUACCACCCCUGGAGUCACGAGUUCGAAUCCAGGGUGUGCUGAGUGACUCCAGCCAGGUCUCCUAAGCAACCAAAUUGGCCCGGUUGCUAGGGUGUAUAGAGUCACAUGGGGUAACCUCGUCGUGGUUGCUAUAAUACGGUUCUCGCUCUCGGUGGGUUUUUCCGCUAAUGUGAAUCGCAUUUGGCAUGCCAUGACAUCUUAAGUAUUCUAUGAACAAAUUAAUCUCCAUUGUGAUUGGAUCAUUCAAUGUGAGCCCACUUUGAACAUCGUUCAUAAUAAAUCUAUUCCCCCAUUAAAGAAAAACAAUGUGUUUAAUUUGGGCCUUUAGCCACUGCAACAGGAGGCUUUUUACCACAAUAACUGUCCUUUUACUUAUUGGACUGUUAUUAAACAACUUUUUGAUUUAAACACCUUGAACAAAUAAGUAUUUUGCUUCAAAAUAAAUGUGUUUCUUUUUAUAAAAACAAAUUUGCCAGGAUUAUACAGGACCUUGAUUUGUUACAAAAUUAAUAAAAAGAAGACCUCUUUGUUUAGUUUUUUACAUUUUAAAUGGUAAAUGUGCCUUGCAUUACUAUUUAUUCAUUUGCACUCAUAAAUUACAUUAAACAUGUAUAUUUCUAUUGGGUUUAGCAAAACAAACAAACAAACACAAAUAACAAUAGAGUAUUGAAAGGCACCCUCCAUGAACCAGUUAGAACUUAGUCAAGGGUUACCUCUGGUGGUGAGGGAGUGGAGAUGCAGGCUCAGAUGUCGCACUGAUGUUGCACAAUGCUUUAUAUUAUCUGAUUCAAGUUCUGCUCACUUAGACAAGGUAAAGCAUUUGAGCACUUAAGGGCGACUUCUGUUGUGUUUUGUACAUACGCAGUGGGUGUAGCCUAUAUAUGCUUCAUCUGAUGCAUUAUUCCUUUUCUCUUAUUAAUAUGCACAUCUAUCAAAAAAGCAGAAACAGCUCAAAUAACUAGAGAAAUAAUCAAUAACAAACUUACACUUCUGCUGUAUAUAUGACCUACUAAAGAUUGUAUUUUUAUACACUGGCAGACAAAAGUUUGGAAUAAUGUGCAAAUUUUGCCGUUUCGGAUGGAAAUUGUUUCUGUAAUUCUCCAAAGUGGCAUUCAACUGAUCACAAAGUAUAGUCAGGACAUUACUGAUGUAAAAAAGCACCAUCACUAUUUGUAAAAGUCAUUUUUGAUUAAAUCUAGAAGGGCCCAAUUUCCAGCAGAGAUCACUCAACACCUUAUCCUUAAAUAAUCAAGCUAAAUUGCUAAUUUGGUACUAGAAAAUCACUUGCCAUUAGAUCAAACACAGUUGAAAGCUAUUUUGUUUGUUAAAUGAAGCUUAAUAUUGUCUUUGUUUUUGAGUUGUCACAGUAUGCAAUAGACUGUCUUAAGGUCAAUAUUAGGUAAAAAAAAAAAUUAAAAAAAGAAAGAAACAGCUUUCUCUAGAAACUUGUCAGUCAAUCAUUGAUUUGAGGAAUGAAGUCUAUACAAUGCUUGAAACUGGCCAAAAAAAUAAAACAUUUUCAUACAG